AUGGCGUCCUGGACUGGUCAGACCCCAGCCUCGACCCCUCAGGUCAAGUUCGAGAACUCGCCCGCCGAGUCCUUCAUCUCCACCCCCGGCGCCGACAUGUACCCCCUCUUCGGCACCCCCGCCCCCGGCAUGAACCCCAUGGAGACCGUCAUGACGCCCAGUUCCUUCUCCGAGGAGCACGAGCACGACCACGCUGGCGACGACGACGCCAACAACGAGUCCCCCGACGCCGACAAGAAGCCCACCAAGAAGAGGAAGUCGUGGGGCCAAGUCCUCCCAGAGCCCAAGACCAACCUGCCUCCCAGGAAACGAGCCAAGACGGAAGAUGAGAAAGAGCAGCGCCGCGUCGAGCGCGUCCUGCGCAACCGUCGUGCCGCCCAGUCCUCCCGUGAGCGCAAGCGACAAGAGGUCGAGGCGCUGGAGCUGAAGAACAAGGAGCUCGAGGCCGGUCUCAACCAGCUGCAGAAGCAGAACAUGAUGCUGCUGCAGGAGCUGAGCAAGUUCCGCCGCGCCUCGGGCGUCGUCACCCGGGGCUCGUCGCCCCUCGACACCGUCCAGCCCGCCCCCCUCACCCUGUCGCAGCCCCUGUUUGGUGCUUCUGAGAUGGCCGAGAGCAAGUCGGGCCUCAUGAACGACUUCAUCCUGAUGCCCGAGAACGAGGGCACCAUCAACCCGGCUUCCAUCUCCCCCGAGCUCGCCCCCAUCCCCGACAGCGCCGUCUCGGCCCCGGCGCCCGUUGCCCCCGUCAAGCCCGCCACCUCUUCUGCUUCUUCUAUCGACGCGACACAACAUCCAGCAGCGGUGUUGUGCGACCAGCAGUGUCCGUCGGUAGAAGUUCAGCAGUCGUGGGUGGCUCGUCAGACGCCGCAACCGGCGCUAGCGCUCUGCCUCCAGCUCCAAGCUCUUUUGAUGGCCUCUUCGGCGAUGCUUUCAGCUUGUCAGCGCCCUCUCACACUGAUUCAUGGGUCGCUGAAGCACAGUUUAGCCCUGCAAGCGACCCCCUCAAUUUUGAGUACCAUCAUCUGGAUGGUGACGCUUCCGCAGAGUUUCCGGAUCUCGACUUCACACAAUUCCUUGACGACGAUAUCAGCGGCGCAGCUCCAGGCGCGACCGCGGGACACGUCUCGCUCUCCUACGAGCCCGAAUCUACCUUCGGCCUCUUCGACUCUGAGAAUCAAAUCUCUUCAGAGACUCUUAACCUGCAGUCCCAGACUGGCGCGUCCGCUAAAGGAUGCGACGCUGGGAUUAUUGCGGUUGGUGUCUGAGGGAUGCGAUGACCGGGUCGAGGGGCUGGCAGAUGGAUCCCCGGGUAUCAAGGGAGAUCAGAGCCGUGGCCCGCUAUUGUGGCCAGACGGCGCCAGCGUACCGUCGCGAGAGGUAUUGCUCACGCUACUGUGGGCAAUCAGGGUCGAAGAACGGAAAAUGCAUGCGAGAGAGGCGACUAUAGUCUCUCAGCCGGCCUCUUCUACUAUCAGACCCGGAUCAAGCGUUCCUCAGGACAAAGAAACCAACCAGAACUAUGUACUAUCGUCCUCUUCCAAACGGAAGAGAGACCUCGAUGUGGGCGGCAGCAAGCGUGUAAGGCUAGGGUAUUAA